CUCAACUCUCCCCUCGCAACUUUCUGCGCGCGUGGAGCUCGCCCUCCCCCUUCCUGCGCGGGCAAUGAGGAGAUAUUCCCCCGCUCCUUCCCAUUCGGCUCCUUUCGGAAAGAGUUAAAGCCGCUGCCGUUACUUCACCCCCGGCGCCCCCUCCCUCCCUGCCUCCGCCUCGCGGCGAGGGGUCUGUGCGCGCAUGCGCGUGCGUGGGGAACCAUGGCCGCGAGGCCCUUCUCCGGACCACGCAGCCCGGGCGCUUCCAUUUCGCGAGCGGAGCGGGGGGGGGAGGGGGAGCAGGACGCAGAGCGCGCGCUCUCUCGCAGGCGCCACAUAGCACGGUUCCGCUCAGGGGAAGAAGGAGGGAGGCGGUUGCUGGAGUGCUUCAGUCCGCUCUUUCGGGUGGGCGGGGGGAGGAGGAGAAGCAACAUUUAGGAGGCCUCUCCCCUCCUGACAUCUGAGUUGUCCUCGUUGCCGCAAGGCCACGGCGGAGAGGAACAAAAUAUGAAUUCAGCUGAAUUAUAUGAUGACAAUAAUACAGAAGUUACCAAAAAUAUUUUGAAAGUAGAAACAAAUAAAGAAGAUGAAGUGCUAGACUGCUCAGUGAUCUCAAAACCUGUGAAAAAUUCACUGGAGAGUUUGGUGAAUUGCCUGCAAGACACCAACAAACGAAAACGGACCUCGCUUGUUUGUAAUGGUUCAGGAAAUCAGCAAGAAAUUCUACCAAGUGUGAAAAAAAGAGGCCUUACACAAGAGGGCCUUAUUUCAAACCUGAAGCACAGAGAUGGGUCACCUACUCAGGAAGAUGUGGAACAGCCAAACAGGACUAAGAAUCCCAAUGUAACAUGGACUUGUGAAGAAGAAGAUUUGAAUAACACAGUCAUGCCAUCCUAUAAGAAACCUCUAUAUGGCAUCUCACACAAAAUUACAGAGAAGAAGACUCUGCCAGGAACGGAUCAGUUCACUUCUUAUGACUUAUUUGAAAAAGUUAAUCCUAGCAGUCCCUCCAGUCUUCGGAAUUUGAAUGAUCAGCGCAAAAGAGAUACAAGUAAUCUUUCCAUUCUUGCUUCUGAGUCUGAUCCAAAUAUAUAUUCUUUGAUACAAAAAAUGUUUUACACACUGAAUACCUUAAAUUCCAACAUGACUCAGCUUCACAGUAAAGUAGACUUGUUAUCACUAGAAGUCAGUAGAAUUAAAAAGCAUGUCAACCCAAUAGAUAUUGUAGCAGAUUUCAGGCCCCCACCUGAGUACCAACUGACUGCUUUAGAACUCAAACACCUCAUGGAUCAGAGCACAUCAGGUGCGGACUUGGCUUGCCGAUUACUGGUACAGCUUUUUCCUGAGCUCUUCAGUGAGGAUGAGCUGAGCAGAACCUGUAGUACUUGUGGCUAUCUUAACAAAAAGAAACUUGAAUCACUGCAUCUGCAGCUCAUCCGAAAUUAUGUAGAAGUCUGUUACCCUUCUGUGAAGAAUCCUGCUGUUUGGCAGGCGGAAUGUUUGCCUCAGGUCAAUGACUUUUUCAAUAGUUUUUGGGCUCAGAGAGACAUGGAAAGUAGUCAGCCAGAUAUACAGGCCUCCAGUUUUUAUGAGACUGAUCAGAUCCUUGGUGAAAAGGAAGAUGAAGAAGCGCUAUCCAUGGAGAGGAGUAAUUCUAUUGUUUCUGAAUGGGUUUUUGAUGCUCAGGAUAUAAAUGAAUUUUUAGAUGAGGCUUCCUCUCCAGGAGAAUUUUGUGUCUUUUUGCUGCACAGAUUGUUUCCAGAACUCUUUGAUCACAGGAAGUUGGCUGAGAGAUAUAGUUGUUAUGGAGAAUGUGGGAAACAAGAGCUUGACCCUCAGCGACUUCAGGUAAUCCGCAGGUACACAGAGAUUUAUUUUCCUGCUAUGCAGGAGAGAAAGGCUUGGUUGCAGCAUUGUGUUCAACGAAUAAAUGAUGAACUUGAAAGCAUGUAUAUGGAUGACAGUGAGAAUGAACAGAUGAGAGACGAUUGCUAUGAUUCUAGUUUGCCUGAUGAUGUGUCUGUUAUAAAAGUGGAAGACAGUUUUGAAUAUGAAAGGCCAGGUAGAAGGUCAAAAAAGAUUUGGCUUGUACCUAUAGACUUUGAUAAGAUAAAUGUCCCUUCCCCUGAUUUUGAUGUCCCUAUUCCAGACUACCUGUUAAACAAGGAACAGCUUAAAAAUAUUUAUGAAAGUAGCUUAUCUAUAGGCAAUUUUGCUUCUCGGUUACUGGUUCACUUAUUCCCUGAAUUGUUUACUCAUGAAAACCUAAGGAAGCAAUAUAAUUGUAGUGGAUCUCUAGGCAAGAAACAGCUUGAUCCAAUUAGGAUUAAGUUGAUUCGACACUAUGUGCAAAUGCUAUAUCCAAGAGCAAAGAACGACAGAGUAUGGACCUUGGAAUUUGUUGGAAAGCUUGAUGAAAGGUGUCGUCGCAGAGAUACUGAGCAGAGACGCACAUACCAACUGCAGAGAAAGGUGCAUGUGCCGGGACCUGAAAGGAGAGACUUUCUGACCUAUGCAAUAAACACAGAAAGAUUUAAAGAAGAAUUUGAAGGACCACCAUUGCCUCCAGAAAGAAGCAACAAAGAUUUUUGUAAGAUACCACUUGAGGAGCUUGUUGUUCCUUUACCAGACUUUCCUGUGCCUUCUCUAUAUCUGCUGUCCGAUAAAGAAGUAAGAGAGAUAGUACAGCAGAGCCUUUCAGUUGGUAACUUUGCUGCCAGACUUCUUGUAAGACUUUUCCCAGAACUCUUUACUUCAGAUAACUUCAGACUGCAGUACAACCAUUCAGGGGCUUGUAACAAAAAGCAACUCGAUCCUGUCAGACUGAGACUAAUCCGUCAUUAUGUUGAAGCUGUUUAUCCUGUUGACAAAAUGGACGAAGUGUGGCAUUAUGAAUGUAUACCCAGCAUCGAUGAAAGAUGCAGGCGCCCCAAUAGAAAAAAGUGUGACAUAUUGAAAAAAGCUAAGAAAACAAAAAAGUGAGGGAAUCGUUUAUAUUUCCAAAGAUGUUGUUGACCACUUCAGUUAUUUGAAGCAAGUUGAAAAGUCAAUCUGUUGUAGACUCAGCACUAAAGCAAUUGACCCAGGAGCAUUGCUCUUCCAUAUGUGUUUAUUACAUAUAUGGGAAAGGUCAAUAUGGGCAGCAAGGGAGGUAAGAUCCAGUCAAGUAUGAAUGUCUUUUUGAAAACAAUUGAAAUGAAUGCAAAUUGUAAAAUAUAUUCUAUAUUGACAUGAGUUUCAUUAUGCCUAUAUACAGGGUAGAAUCUUGAUAGUACCCUUACUACCUGUAUUGGUUCACAACAUGGAACUGUAAAUUGUUAGAGAUGACCCUAAAAUAUCUUGUUUCAAUAUAACCUUCAUUAGUAAAAAUAGAUUACAUAGUUUUUAAAUUCUUAAUUGAUUUUAACAAUAUGUAUUAUUGUGCUCUUUAUGGCAUUUUUCAUUAGGUCAUUUAAAUCAGUCAUUUGGAAAAUAACACGUUUUAAAUUUUUGAAACCUAUCGUUUUUGAAAUGCUAUACUGUCUGAAGAAUGGAAAAUCAAGAAAAGUUUGUGCUAAUUACAGUUAUUCUUUAUGUUGGUCUGAAUGCUGGAAGAGUGAAAAUACUAUAAAAUCAGCGAACAGAAGAGUCACCGUUUUCCUUUGGCAUUUUUUCAUUUUGUAGCUAAGUUGGUGUAAAAUUUAAGAUAACGACAUUAUUUAACAUGUGUGUUUAUAGUAAGAUUGUAGUGUGGAUGCUUCCUUUUUUAUUCAUAUAAGUUAUUUUACUGUCUUUUAUGGUGUGAACUCUCUGUUUAAGAAUUACUGGUAUGAGUAGAGAUUGUGAAACAGAAUCCUGCCCUUUAUCAGUAGAACAUGGUGCUAUUACCUGUUAUUUUCACUACUUAUUGAACAAAUACUUGAAUUGAAGAAUGUACAAAACAUUUAAGCCCGUAUUAUUUUUGUUAGUAAAAUUUCUGCAGACUUUAAAUACUAAAUGUUUCAUGUAUCUAUAUUUGGUUAUUUGGAAUGGCACAUGACAUAGCUCUCUGCAUUAUGUUAUUUUAUAUUUAUAUCUUUAGAUACAGUGGCUCCCUGGUUAUUUCAUUAUCAUAAAGGUUAUGAUUUUUUCACCUUUCGACCAAUAUUUGCCUUCGAAUUACCUGAAGUCCAAGUUAUUAAACUUAUUGAUGGUAUGUUUCCAUUAAGUACACCCAAACACUAGUGAAGUGUUAAACUUUUUGCCUUUUCAUUAUAUUCCCAUAAUAGAAAUAAAAUUACCUGCAGGAACAGGAUUGGAUCCAGAUAAUGUAUGUCAUACAUUUGUCUCUUUGAAAUCAGCCCUAGUUAAAAAAAAAUCCCAUUAAUGCGUUGCAUUAAUUCCCUUGUGACUAAAACAUGACUAUCUGUCUCCAAUUCAUUGGAUUUUUCUAAAAUGCUUUUGAAAUGUUUUCUAUCAUCUAGUGUAGUGAAGGAAACCAAUCCCUUCCUGUGGAUCUAUUAUAUCAGUGAAUAUGGCAAACGCCAUGGAGCUCCAUGUGCACACUGAGUCCCGUGUCAGGCUCUGGACUAGGGAGCUUAGCUUGUCUGAUGCUAAUGUCAAUAAUUAUUGAAUAUUAACAUGGUACCUCUGUGUGUUUAUCAUAUAGCCAAAUAAAUUUCUGUAUUGCAGCAACAGAAUUCAAUAUUUUAAUCCAGUUUUUAAAAAUACAUUACCCCCAGUUACUACUCCCAAUUUUGCACAUUGCUUUCCUAAUUACAUAGAUAGCUGUGUGGUUUUUUUUUUUUCAGUGCCAAAACUUGGCCAGGCAGUUUUGAAACCAUUUGCUUAUAGACAGAUGUUAUGACUGGAAGCUUCCUGCAAGGACGCAUGUAGAAUGCAUGAAUAAAGUAUCUGCAUUUUAAUUAUGGCUGGAAGAAUAUUUUACCAAAGAUAGGUUGGUAAAACUAUAUGUACUUCCUCCCCCCCCCCCCCCCAAUGUUAACACUUAUUCAGCAAAAUGAAUGUAUCAAAUGAAGGAGUGUUUUGUUGUUUAAUUAUAUACUAUCUAGUAACGCCAACUUCUCUAUCAGGAAAACAGCAAGUUGUUGGAAAUAGUUAUACUGUAUUUUUCCUGUUCUUCAAAGUAGAAUUCAGUAUACAGAUAUUCCAUACAGUCUGUUUUGUCUCUUAACCAAUAGAAUAUAUGAACAACUGAGGCUGAUUAAUGUCUAAAUAAUAGAUUAUAAAAUACAGUACAUUUUGUAUAGUAUAUGGUUUUAAUUAAAGGUAACAUACAAAAGCCGAUUUUAAAAUGCUAUCAGGUUUGAAAAAAGUGUGGCAAUGAGGUCCUGAUCUACUUAGAAGCAAGUCUAUUGACCACAAUGGAAUUUGCUUGGAGGUAAGUAUGGAUAGGACUGCAGCCUGUCAUUCUGCUGUCUCUGUUAAAAUAGGUGUCACAUUGACAUCCCAAAUGAGAAUUCAUAUUGUUUUAAUAGCCUCCAUGUCACAAUAAUAUAAGAGAUGAAGUAGUCCAGCCAUCUGGAUUUCCAUGAAUACAGCAACUGAAAACAAUACUAUCUCAGUUAUAGAAAUAACUGGAAAGGCUAUAGCUCUAUCCAUGGAAGUUAUGGGUUUGCAUUAUACCUUCUGUGACACAUGGGCAUCCCCACAGCUUAAGGGUAGCUUGUGACACCUGCUGAGAUACUUCUGUAUUCAUCUGAAAGAAACUCAGUAAAAAAAAUGAUCAAAAACAACUUCCCUGUAACAAAGAGCAAUAGUCAUAACAUGUAGAACUGAACUAUUAUAUUACAGGAAGAGUCACAGUGAUCCAUUAGUUGUUCUUGGCAUGCUGUACAUAUUCAAAUACAUUCAACAUAACGGGCUAUUUCAUAGAGUGCUACAAAGAGAAUUGUCCCACCCACCUACCAAAUUGGAUCUGUAAAGAUUAAUUAUCCUUAUCCAACAAGCAUUAUAUCAGUAACUGCUUCCAAGCCCAUGUUUUUGAGGCAGGAUCUCGGCAAACUGUUUUUUUAAAAGUGGUUCUCGAUAUCCUCCAAAUGGUCAAGCACACAAAAAUGUGCGUAGUCAAAAUGAAUAAAAGAACUUCAACUCUAAAUAUCCCUGUCCAUAAAAAACUAGUAUGUCAGAGAAAAAGGUUUACUCCUAGCCCCUCUUCUACCGUAUGAGUAUCUCACAUGUUCACAAAGCUGAACAUAGUGCUAAAUGCCAUUCCUUCUUGUCUCCCCACCUCAACUGCCUUACCUUUCACAACUGUGGCUUGGUGGUGGGUACAGGGGCUGUAGCUUUGUCUGCAGGAGUUUGCACAGGAUUUUAUCAAUUUACUUGUUGCUGUAUGUCUUCAAGGCGUUUCCAACUUGGGUAACCCUAUGCCGAUCCUAUCUUGGCAAGAUUUGUUCAAAGAGAGUUCUUUUUUUACUUCUUCUGCAGUUGAGUUACUUACACAAGAUCACCCAGUGGAUUUAUGUGGCUGAGUAAAAAUUCAAACCCUGGUCUCAGGAAUCCAAAUCCAGCACUCAAAUCACAUCACCAUACUAGCUUGAUACUAUAUAUUUAAGACACCCAGAUCAAGAAUAACCGACUGUUACCUUUUCUGAUAUUGUUAUCUAAAUGCACUAGUCAUUGCACUACUCAGUACUGAUGAGAGGAUUGGACACAGCUAACGUGUCCCAUAGGUGAAAAAGCUUCCAUCUGCUGUGAGCCUUUGAUCCAACCAAGCUUUCCACUGCUUUAAUAAGUUAGGAACCAUUUGUUAUUAGUUCCUCAUUCUUGCUACUAUCAGCUAUUCUCUCCCCCAAAAUAGUGUAUGCUGGUGUAUAGUAUGGCAGUUGUAGCACAGUCUUCAUGGACUGUAGAUGGAAAAGGAAAAUCAACACAAGUCGCACACUUUAUUUCCACAGAUGGAACUUCCUCAGAGUAGCAAUGCACUGGGGAUGCCAGACUAAAACUCUGGAGAAAACCCAGUGGUGUAAACCCAACAUUACAUUGGCACUGCAGCAUCAAUGUGACAGAGCAGCUCCUCCCAACCCUGCAACUGAGCACAACCCAAGACUAAAACAUGGUCAUUGGUGAUACAAAGCCCUGCAGAGGAAAGGGAUCUCACCCCCACUCCAGUUACAAUUAUGAAAGGUUUGUCCAUUAAUGCCUCUUUCUGGAUUUAGAGCAAUUAUCUCCAUACAGAUUUCUUCUACUGGAUUUCAUUAACUAUAAUUGCCCACCAGUUACAAACAGCAGAACUACCUUUAGCUUACACAGACAUAUGAACCACUGAAGUCAUUUUACACAUAAGCAUUACAUGCCAACCCUUUGAGAGUUAUUCAAGAGAAGUUAUUCCUAGUUUUGUAGGGUUUAAAAAAUGUUCCUUUCUUAAUUUCCAGCAAGACAUCCAAGAUUUUGAUGUGAAUAUCUCCUUGCAGCCAAAUGAAGUGCAAUUAAAACUUUUUAAUUGCUUGCUUUAUAAAAAAAAUAACUAAAUUGGUUGUGUGUAAUUGAUUCCUGGCUCAUUAGGCUAGCUUCAACUGUUUUGUUUAUUCAGUUUAUGUUAAACAAUAUUGCCAGCAUCCUGUAUUUUUAAAAAAAAUCCAUUAUAAAUAAAGAAUUUGCUCUUCUGGA